CAUAACCACGUCGCAAUAGCUGCUCGUCGCGAAAACCAGAAAUCCAAAUAAUCAUUAAUAUUAAAUGCCAAGAAACGGCCAAGUGAAUUGUGCGCGAAAUGUUAACCUAUUUGCCGGUAGUGUGGCUCUUUUUUGCCCACCUGGUGCUCCGUGCUGCCACGGGCCAGAUCAUACCACUGCCCACCUUUUGUUUGGGCCUUAGUCCGCAGUGCACUUGUGCCGCCGAGGGGAAUGUGGUGCGGUUCCAUUGUCCGGAUGAGUACGCCAUGCUGCUGGAGGUUUCCGAGCCGGGCGCAUCGUUGUACAUGAGCUACUAUGCCUCCAGCGAAUUGCAGUGGCUGCCGCGCUUCAAUAUCAGUUCGCUGGUGAAGAUCGAGUUCGAUGCGUACAUCUUCUGGCCGGAGAAGUUCGUGAGCGAGUUGCUCGAGACCUUGGGUGUGCAGACAGUGAAGACGAUUAUUUUCCGCGAUCGAACUUUGGAAACGGUAGUCACACGCGACGUUCUGAACUCGGGCGACGGGUAUAUGGAAACUUCGCAGCCCGAAAACAUUACCACCUGGCACUUUGGUUCAGUUCCGGGGCUGAAGAAGUUCAAGUUCUACAGCCACCAGCCGGAGCUGCAGGAGUCCAUAUUCCACGGUUUCGACACCCUGCGGGAUCUGCAGCUCAGCGUGAACGUGACAACGUUGCCGGGGAAUAUGCUGUCCACGGUGAAUGGAACUCUGAAAACGCUGACCAUCGAGAGUCCGGGCAUAGUGUCAUUCGGGAAUCCACUGCUCCGCGAACUGCAGCAACUGCGCAACUUGAGUCUCGCCCUCAUACGUCCGUCUCAUGAGCGCGACCAGCAAUUGCAGUCGCACUUCUUCGGUUCCAUGACUAAUCUGGAGGAGGUGCGCCUGGCGUCCGCCACAAGUAGUGUGAAUCGCACCAUGUUCAAGGGCACCAACAAGUUGCAGCUGAUCAAGAUGAAUGGCAACGACGAUCUCAUGGAGCUUCCGGGUGAAAUUUUCCUGGACCAGGUCAAUCUUAAGACCCUGGAUCUAUCCUGCAAUGCGAUCGUCACUCUGCACGAGGAUGUCUUCAAAGGCCUGGGGAAUCUAACGCUGCUGGAUCUAUCCAAAAAUAGACUGACUAACUUGUCGAGCACCAUUUUCGCACCAUUGACCUCGUUGAACGUUUUGCGUCUGAACAAGAACUCGCUGACCGCGAUGUCGCCGAGUGUGUUUCAGGAUGUGGUCAGUCUCAACUACAUCGAGAUGGUGAAUACCCAGUUCUACGGGGCCACGCUACUGAUGAACUACGAGGCGGUGGUGUGCACCAAUGACGAGGCCUGCCAGUACAAGUCGGCCGAGUGGCAGUGCGAUCCACGAUGCAUCUGCUGGGUGCAGCGGAGUAUCGGCAGUCUGAUCGUGGAUUGCCGAGGAACCAGCCUCGGGCAACUUCCGGAUUUGCCCCGCACCACGCUGCUGAGCACGGUGCUCAAGGUGGGCAACAAUAGCCUCACCAGUCUGCCAGCCGUGAGCGCACACAGGGGUUAUGCCAAUGUGAGUGGACUCUUUCUAUCGGACAAUAACCUGACCACCCUUGGAAGCGGUGACCAGCUGCCCGAGAAUCUCACCCAUCUGGAUGUGCGAGGCAAUCAGAUUCAGUCACUCAGCGAGGAGUUCCUAUUGUUCCUGCAGGAGCCGAACAACACAAUGACACUAUCGUUGUCGGGAAACCCCAUCUCCUGUGGCUGUGAAUCCUUGUCGCUUCUCUUCUUUGUGCGGACCAAUCCGCAGCGGGUGCAGGACAUCGCCGAUAUUGUGUGCACCAAGCAGAAAAAGGCUUUCCAGCAGAUGGAGGCCUUCGAGCUGUGUCCAUCGUAUGUCCUGCUCAUCAGCUGUGUGGUCGGUGGCCUGGUGAUCGUCAUCUGUCUGCUCACCGUGUUCUACCUGAUGUUCCAGCAGGAGCUGAAGAUCUGGAUGUACAACAACAAUCUGUGCCUGUGGUGGGUCUCCGAGGAGGAGCUGGACAAGGACAAGACCUACGACGCCUUCAUCUCGUACUCGCACAAGGACGAGGAGCUGAUCAGUAAGCUCUUGCCCAAGCUAGAGAGUGGUCCGCAUCCCUUUCGGCUGUGUCUGCACGAUCGGGACUGGCUGGUGGGCGACUGUAUUCCGGAGCAGAUCGUUCGCACCGUGGACGACUCGAAGCGGGUGAUCAUCGUGCUGUCGCAGCACUUCAUCGAUUCGGUGUGGGCCCGCAUGGAGUUCCGGAUCGCCUACCAGGCCACAUUACAGGACAAACGCAAGCGGAUCAUCAUCAUCCUCUACCGGGAACUGGAGCACAUGAACGGCAUCGAUAGCGAACUGCGGGCCUAUCUCAAGCUGAACACCUACCUCAAGUGGGGUGAUCCGCUCUUCUGGAGCAAGUUGUGCUACGCGAUGCCGCACAAUCGCAGGGUUCUGAAGGGUCAAAAGAAGCAUGCGGGGCCGCUAAUCUGAGGCUUGAAUAAAAUUUAAGAUAUUUUAGAUGAAUAUACUCACUCUCUUGGGCCUUAAAAGCUAAUCUGCCUGCCUUGCUUAAAGUUCUAAAGUUAUUUUAACUAUUUAAAAAGUAUUGAUACAUACAUCCUAAGUAAUUUAACGUAUCUUUAAGCAAAUUUUU